AACAGACUCAGUGAUUUCUCAACAGCAGGAAACAGAAAAUGAACAAAGCUUCACGAAAUGAGUAUCUGUGAGUUUGUGUGAGGAACUUCUGAAGUUCUGCUCUUCAUCUGUCAUUCAAUCGUCUGCUCUGAUCUUCAGCUCGUUUCGCCCUGUUGAGUUUAUAAAGUGCUCUGAAGAUCUUUCAGAUGAAUCUGUGAGAUUGACCUGCGCAGCAUCAUGGCGUCUGCGGCCCCUCAGAAGAGGGUGGUGUCGUCCGUCUUCAUCACUCUUGCGUCUCCGUUCAGGGCGACCGUCACGCCGACGGCUCACGUCCACAGCAGCCCGACCAGAGAGCAGCCGCUGCGCCGGACAUCGGCCUCGCAGGACGGACAGAUCGACCCGCCUGCGCCCGCCAGCCCACUGUACGCCCAGUCCAGAGCCCACAACACGCCCACCGCCGCCCCCUACAGACGGGACAACACACACCACGCUGACACGCGCGCUUCAGCCGCAGUUGUGAGUCGCACCCCUGCUGCCCCCGAUGACCUCCCUCUCCCGCCUCCUCCUCCUCAUGACCCCCGUGACCCCUGUGACCCUGAUCCCGGACCGCCAGCCGCCCCUGCACAGGAGAGCGCUGCGGCCAAAGCGCUGCUGAGAUCGGCGCCCUCUGCUGGACGAGACGUGAACGAGCCGUCAGCUGACGUGUGUGGAUUCUGCCGUAAGCCGGUGCCGCUGUCUGAACCCGCCAUCGAGGCUCUGAACCGCACGUACCACGCCGCGUGUUUCCAGUGCCGGCAGUGCCAUGCUCCGCUGGCGGCCAAAAUCUACUACAAUAAAUCUGGGAUUCCUCUGUGUGACGACUGCUACCAGGCCAGUCUGGAGCCGUGCUGGGCGUGUGGUGACGUCAUCAAAGACCAUGUGAUCCGAGCGCUGGAACGAGCCUAUCACCCGCCCUGUUUCGUGUGCACGACGUGCCGACAGCCAAUCGGAGAGCAGAGGUUUGCGCAGGGGGAAGUGGGUGAAGUUUACUGCCUGCAGGACUAUUACAGGAAAUACGCGCCGCAGUGUCGCGCGUGCGGAGAGCUGAUCAUCCCGCGGGAGGACGGAACGGACAGUUACACCGUGGAGUGUUUGGGUCACACGUACCACGAGGACUGUUACCGCUGUGAGGUGUGCAGUAUGCUUCUGUCUCCGGAGCCCAAUGAGAACGGCUGCCACCCGCUGGACGGGCAGAUCCUGUGCAAACCGUGUCACGUGUCGCUGAUCCAGAGCGCGCCGCUUUAAACCCACGAACCAAUGUGAUGAUGCUGAUGACACGCCGAUUGUAUUAGAAACUGCAGCAUUGGGACCAAUAAAGCUUUCUUGAUGUUUUCUUUGUAACAUUCCACUGAUUAUAUCAAUGUAUCCAACAUAUCAACUGUAAUGUGGUCUUUUGCACUCUUUCUCGUAAUAAGCACCAAAGAUAUUUAUUCGACCGCAGCAACACCGAAGCCCAAUAUCCAGUGUUAUUUCCAGUGUAGUAGGAACGCGCAAAUAAACUCAAAUAAACGUGUAAUAUA